UCUGUGCGCUGACCAAUGGCAACGCUCCUAGCUAUAGCUGAACGAAGCCAUGUGAGGAUCUGUAAAAUGGCGGCGCAGUGGCGUGAAAAAGAUGAGCUUAUAAUCACCGGCAACACGGACUUUCUGACCGCAAACACAUUCAAUGAGGCUGUCCUGGGUAAAGGGGAAGUCAGUGAUCUGGAAAUGGACACUCACUCCUGCCUGGACCCUUCCAUCCUGGCUAUGUUUGAAGACUCCGCCGUAGCUGCAGAGACUAGGAGCAGACUGGAUGAGGAGAGUGAGUCCACGUUGUUGACAGCUCUAACGGAGAUCCUGGACAGUGUUGACGAUGAGACCCUGUCUCCCUUUGACACCCUGCCUGACACUGGGCUCUUCUCUGACCAGAGGCUACGGGACAACUCCCCGUUGAGGCGGCUGCUGAGUUUAACACGGUCUCCACCUGAUAAAGAAGCACUCUUUCGUUCCAUAAAGACACCCUCUUCAUCUUCAUCCCCCUCCUCCUCUGUUGGAAAGGUUGAGACAGUCAUUCCAGACAGACCCUGGAGGACUAGGCUAACUCCCAGAGCCCAGGGCUCUUCCACAUCCACACAGAGGAGCGAUGGAGAGGAGGAGGAGGGCGGCAAGGUCCACAUUCACAGCCCGCCUCACGACUUCAAUCAGGACUCGGGAGAACUCUCCCUCGACCGAUCAGAAGUGAGAGCGCUGAACUCUGUAGAGAAGGACCAUGGCUACUCCUCUACAGUGUCCCUGGUGGACCUGGUGAAACUCAUGCACCCCUACUGCCUGAGGGUGUGCCUGGAUGAGGAGGGGAAGGACUGGGUCAGCACAUCCAGGCAGGAGGCCUCCUCCCUGGGGGAACGGAGUGCGGACCAGAGUGUACCCCUGGAGGGCGAGGUGUGGAGGUAUACGAAGCCUGGUUCGGAAGAGAGCGGCGAGGAAAUUGAUGUGGACGGAUCAGAUGACGAGUGUCCCUCGGUAGGAGGGAUGAAGGGGGAUGGAGAACAGGGAAGUAAAGGUGAAGAAGUGAAGCAACUAAAAAGUCUACUUGUGAAGUGGGACGGGCCCACAGAAGGCCAGAAGACCAAGAACAAAAAAAGAGUGAGCUUCGGACCUGUCCUGGUGACAUCCUACGAGCUACCAGCAGCAGACGAACCUGACUUAAACGUGCUCCCGGACUUGAGCGAGCUCACCAGCCAAAUCCCCAUUUUUGACUUCAACACCAAAACAACGACCAUUUCCCUCACAACAUCCUCUCCGGAGUCUUCAGCAGCAUCUUCAAAGGACAGCCAGCAUCAGGUUGUAACUGACUUGCCUGAAAGGACCGGAGAAAAGUCGUCGUCGGAGCCUCUACCACAGCGAGGCGAGUCCAAGCCCAGACCGGCCCUCAGUCUCCAGCAGUACCGCCUGCUGCGUCAGCAAAGACUACCCCUGGUGGGGAAACCUGAGAAUUACACCACCAAAUGGCCCUCUCUACCUGAAACCCCCACGGAGUUGCCUCCUAUACCCUAUUUACAAGGACCUAAAUAUAACAUGUGGGGACCAACGACACCACAUCAUUACAUAGGAAGUAAAACAGGGGGUGAUGUCAGUGAAUUCAAGUCUAUAUCUAAAACUAGGACGAAGAUGGUCUCUCCUGCUUGUCUCAGUAAACCUGGUAAAGGUAUUGGCAUCAAUGGAUCAAAGCCUGUAAGAAGUGGGACUAAGACUCCUCCUACCAGCUCAGCUUUAAAGCCCAAACACAACUCAAAGGAAGCUAAAUCUGCGAAUGAUGUUGGUGUAUUAAAGCCUAUUUGGACUGAGACCAUCUCUCCUGCUAGUCCCUUACCAAGUCCCAACCUGAACUCCAACUCAGUGGCGGGUCUGGGCCAGAACAGGACUAACCCAGAAAAGAGUGCUGUUGCGGUCAGUAGCGACCCCCCAAACCCUGUCCUGGUCCCACUACCAGGAACCCGUCCAUCUUUGGAUGGAUUUGAUAGGAGCCGUGGGACCAACCAGGAGAAGCAGGAGCAGGAACAAUCUCUACCUCCGUCCACCACCCAGGAGUCUUCGGCGCCCAAGCCCAAAAUGGUGUUCUGCAACCGGGAUCCAAGCCUGAAGAGCACCAGUCUCCUCCUUGAGAUCCAGCGGAGGUUCUCCACCAAACAACCAUUGCGGAAAGCACUUCACACCCAAAACACUGCAGAGACCACGAAACAAGGGGAUCAGCCUCGCUCUCUCAGCCCAAGGAAAGGGAUCGAGACAGUACCAGAAGGGUCCAAGUUUUCCCCAAGUGCACCAGUAAUGGCAAGUCCAUUGUCCAGCCCCUCAGUCCAUCCACCCACCCAUGCUGUUGCUCCUUACCCAGAGAUGGAGAGGGCAAAGCGGGUAGCCCUUGGUAACCUCCUCCAUGUCCGACUGUCCACCUCUCCAGAGAGUAACACCUGCAUACAGACCCCCACCUGCGGCACAGGAAUCCAAGCCACAGAUCUGACCAGCCUUCUGGAGCGGUUUGAGGAAACACAAGCCAAAGAGGAGACUGAGAGUGAACCUGAAGGCAGUCCAGAUAGGAGCCCUGUUAGAGAUGAAGAGCCGAGCAACAACACUGAAGGGAUGCUGACACUGCUGGGUGCCUAUCUCCUCGGCACCCAAGAUAAACUCUGUCUUCCAGCACCCACUGGCUUUCCAGAACUUGUCAACACACUUGAACCCCUCAGAACUCCGGGACCCCUCAGAACUCCGGAGCCCCUCAGAACUCCGGAGCGCCUCAGAACUCCGGAGCGCCUCAGAACUCCGGAGCCCCUCAGAACUCCGGAGCCCCUCAGAACUCCGGAGCCCCUCAGAACUCCGGAGCCGCUCAGAACUCCGGGACCCCUCAGAACUCCGGAACCCCUCAGAACUCCGGAACCCCUCAGAACUCUUGAACCCCUCAGAACUCCUGGACCCCUCAGAACUCCGGGACCCCUCAGAACUCCGGAACCCCUCAGAACUCCGGAGCCCCUCAGAACUCCGGAGCCCCUCAGAACUCCGGGGCCCCUCAGAACUCCGAAACCCCUCAGAACUCUGGAACGUUGCGAUACUCAGGAACCUCUCAGCACCCAGAAUGUUCUCAGCACUCAGGAACAGGCCCCUGCACAGCCGCGCUGGAAACCUCUUACCCCUGUCGCACCUCAGAGGAAGCAACCGGCGACCCCCAAACCUCUCCCUCCCAAGGCCAUCCAAAUCAUCGACCCCCGUCCUCUACCACCCAAAAAGGCCCACCCCCUCCCCCCAAAGCCCCCUGUCACCCCCCCUGAGUUCCAGACACCAGUAUCUGUCUCCUCGGACCACGACUACUGUCUAUCUCAGGAUCAACCAGGGAGUAAUACUACUAUGUUAUGCAGCAAAAGACAAACCAUACUCCCCGACCACCAACCAAUUCCCAACCCCUCCUCAGUGCCCGGCACACAGAACUCUGGGAAAUAUUUGCGGCAGCCAGUGGACUCCAGGACUGUUCCAGAGACACAACUUCCCUCAGACUCUGCUCCGCCAUCUACAGAGAGCUCCCCCUCUAGGACGGAUGCCAUUACUGCAGGGGAGACACAGGAAGAGAGAACCAGCCCCUGCAUCCCCUCCCCUCCUUCACCCAGUCCCCCUGCCAGAGGUAGGAGGUCGUCCCGGCGCUAUCGGACAAGGUCUUCAUGCUCGGACUCAAGCUCUAGGUCCCCUUCUUCAUCGUCAUCUUCCUCAUCCUCCUCCUCUCGAUCCAGGUCUCGCUCUCCACCCCGAAAGAGGUUCUGUCCCAGGCGUUCUGAAAGCAGCUCCUCGUCCUCUUGCUCCAGCCCCGUCUCCCGUUCCCCGGUUCCCUGCCGGUACCGGCUCCCCUACCCACAGUCCUGGAACCGCUCUCGGUCCACAUCAAAGUCCUGGACUCAGUCUGGUUCCAGAUCUCGGUCCAGAUCCCCCACCACACUGGCCUACAGCAGGGCCCAGAGGUGGAGGGACUGCUGCAGCUCCAACAACAUCAGGGACUCCAGGAAACGAAAGAGACAACAAGAUAUGAGGAAUCAAAAACUAAAAGCCAUCGACGAGCGCAGGGUGGUGUACGUGGGCCGCAUCCAGAGGACCAUGAUGCACGCGGAGCUGAGAGAACGCUUCUCUCUGUUUGGAGAGGUGGAGGAAUGCACCCUGCACUUUAGAGACAGGGGCGACCACUACGGCUUUGUGACGUUCUACAACAUGAAAGAUGCGUUCGCAGCCAUCGAGAACGGUUACAAGCUGAGGAGACCUGACGAGCUGCCCUUUGACCUCUGCUUCGGGGGCAGGCGUCAGUUCUGCAAAUCUACGUACGCCGACCUAGAUUCUAAUCGGGAAGAGGAGGAACCCACUCCAGCAAAAAGUGAGGAGGAGGAGCUGGACUUUGACACUCUAUUGAAGCAGGCACAGAAAGGCUUGAAGCGGUAGCAGAGUCCUGGAGGAAGAGCGGGAGCCAAGAAAGGAAUGAUGGAGACAAGGUCCCAAAUGUCACCCUAUUCCCUAUAGAGGGUACUAACCUUAGGGUUCUGGUCCCAAAGCAGUGCCCUCUAUAGAAGGGAACGGGGUGUUAUUUGGGACUGACUUACCUCAGAGCUACACACAUACUUUAACAUGUUUAAAUGUUGUUUUAACUUGUAUUGGUUCACUGUUAUCAACUCAUUUUAUUUACCUUGAUAGCACAACUUUGCUGAUGCAGUAAACAGAUUUUUAAAGGGAAAAGAAUCAUAGGAAAAUGAUUAGAAUAUUGUAAAGUUGUUUUUUUGUAUUAUUAUUAUUUUUUUUUAAGAAGGCUCUUUUUAAAUAUCUUUGUUUGCACUAAUAUUGCACUUGCAAGCUUUGCUUUACUCUUGUCUGUUACAAUGUUUAAAAAGUUGAGAUUCCCUUAAGUCAUUUUAUUCCCAAUUAUGAACAUGUUCUUUAUGAAUGAAUAAAGACUAUUAUUGUGUCAUCCUGAA